GAUCAAUUGAUUAAGAGAACGGUAAAGGGCAGUUUAUAUCAGUUCUAACAGUGCCUUCUCUGGGCGAUCAAGUGCUGCGCGCGCGGCACGCCGCUGAAGUAACUUGAAUCUACACCAAGCUCUCGCACUUCCGCCUCUUCAACGAACACAUACCUCCCUCUACCUUAUGACACACGCGCUACCGCAAUGAACUUCUUCGACGCAUACGAUGUCCCUGGAACGGCGACCCCACCUGCAGAAGCUGCGCAGCCGAGUCUGAACGAGGAGGUUACCCAGGUCGUUGGGCAGCUCAGCCGGCUGUGGGGCGGGUUCAGGAAACAAAGCCAGACGGCGUUGGAGACCGCCCGCAAGGAUCUCGGCCAGGUCGUGCAGCAAGCUCAGAAGGAGCUCACCAAGCUCACAGCAGAGGCGCCGCCCUCAGAUGCUCCCGAUGCUCCUGAACCCAGUGCCUCUGCUACCGAGCAGGCCGCGUCCCUACCUACCGAGGCUGAAGCAGCAGCGGCCUCUGCUGAGACAUCCAGCUCCCAUAAUACCUCCGAAGACUCAUCAUUGCAACCGCAAUCGCCUUCCCAGCCGCAAACGCUCUUCGCACGACUGCAAGCCUCCCUCCCCCCGAACCUAGUGGCCACCGUCCAGACACAGCUCCCCGAGUCCCUGCGCGAGACCCUGGAGCACGCGCGCGUAGGCAGCGCGAGCCUCUCCGCGCUCGACUUUGCACAGCUCCGCAGCACGAUCACGUCCGAGCUGCAGCGCGUGCAGGGCGCGACGGAGGAGUACGUGCACCGCUCCGAGGACUUCCUGCGCGAGGCGGGCGAGUUCCUCAAGGACGCCGUCAAGGUCGUGCCGCCGCAGGAGGGCGACGACGGGUACCCGGGCCUCAUCUGGGACGGCACGGACGUGUGGAUGCUGCCCUCCUCGACGGGCCCGACGACGCCGUCGGGGGACGCGAAGGGCAAGGGCAAGGAGCGCGAGGGCAGGUCGUCGAGCAGCUCGGGGAGGCCGUCGGUGGACACGCUGCGCGCGGUCGCGACGAGGGCAGAGUCUAUGCUGAAGCAGCUGCGGCACGACCCGGAGGUUAUCAAGGCCGAUCCGCACGAGGACGAGAAGGUGCGGGAGCUAUUUGCAGGGUGGCUCGCUGCGGAGGUCGCGUCAGAGGAACAUGGACUUGGUACCGCCGCAUGGAAAGAGAAGGUCGGGAAGGCGUUGGCAGACUCGACAGACGGCGCUGCAUUGAAGGCUACAAUGGACACAUUGGUCCCGGAGCUCUUGACGGAGGAUGAGUUUUGGACGCGCUACUUCUUCCGCGUCUAUCAGGUUGAGCGCGAGGAGGCUCGCAGGAAGGCCAUUAUCCAAGGCACCAACGACAAUGACGAGGACUUCAGCUGGGAAGACGAGGAGGAGGACCCCACUUCCCCCACCACAAAGUCCACCCCGAAGGAUUUCAAGGUUGCAGCUGCAGAACCCCCGACGUCUGCGGAGUCACCUCUGCAUCUUAGCGCGUCAGCGGCUGAGACGAAGUCGCGCGUGUCAACGCCGGGGAAUAUGAGUCCGCGGCGGAGCAGCGAAGAUAGCUAUGAUGUGGUGUCUUCGCAAGUCAGCAACAGCGGCGCUGCGGAGGCAGCCGUCGAUGCUGCGACGGCCAAGGUCCCGAGCGCUGAGAAGUCAGAAGAGGGCGAUGAUCAGGCGGAGUCGGAGGAUAGCGAUUGGGAGUAAGCGCGAUGGCUGUGGCUGGGACAUUUUUUCUGUGUACUG